AUUUUAGUAGGCUCCAUGCCCAGUGUGGAGCCCAAUGCAGAACUUGAACUCAGGACCUUGAGGUCAAGACUGGCUGAGAUCAAGACUCACGCCCUUAACUGACUGAGCCACCCAGGUGCCCACAGAGUGAUGACUUUAAAAUGUUAAUCUGAUUAUAACAAUUUUCCUCUAGAAAAGUAAAUAAGAUUAAAUAUAAAAACUCUAAGAAGCUUUCUAUUUGGUUAAAAACAGAGAAUCCUUAACAUGCUCUACCCAGUCCCUGCCCUGUCUGGCCCUGCGCCUCUCCAGGCUGUCUCAGAUCACACUUGCCCUUGUUCUUUGCUGGCUUGCCUUCUUUCAUUUCCUCAAACUCAGCAUUCCACCUCUCGCCAUAGGGCUUUGGCAUGUACUGCAUGCUCCCUCUGCCGGGAACACUCUUCCCCAGUCCCAAGUCAGUACUUCCUUGUUCAAACCUUAGCUCACUGAUACUUCCUCAGGGAAGCUUUUCUUCCCUGGUCUCUCAGACUGGCUUGUAGCACAGUGUCUCUCUACUGUCAAUGUUGUGAUUUUACAUUUGUUAUCUCAUUUGAUGAAUUGCUGCCUUCUCCGGAAGAUUAUAAGACCUGUGUGGGCAGUGCCUGUGCCUGGAUGGGGACACGGCACCUAGCAAAUGCCUGGCUCAGAGUAGACCCCCAGAGUAAAUAUUUGUGGAAUAAAUGAGUAAGGAUAAUAAUGGCAAGUUUAACCUAGUGGAUCAUCUGUUUGUCGCCUUUGGUCACAGUACCCUUGGACCUAGCUGAGACACGAAUAAACCGCAAAAGCCUAGAUGAUUGUUGUUUCCAAGUUCUCAGUUUGUGAUAGAUUCAUUGGGAGGUAUAUGGACUAUUAGACAUGCCAAGUGUCUUGACUGAGGUAGGACAGCUUAAUGUGGUGUGGGGGAAAUAGCUAUAUAGUAGUCCCUUACCCCCUUUCCCAUGGUUUCACUUUCCGAGGUUUCAGUUGGCUGGCCGCAGUCUGAUGAUCCUCCUUCCUCCUUCUGACACUGUCAUCACAAGUUCAGUAGUGCUACCCCUUCCCCACUCAUGCUCUGUCUCUCUCUCUCUUUCUCUCAAAAAUAAAGAAAAACAUUAAAAAAAAUUUUUUAAAGGGUGGGGGGGCGGGCCUUGGAUGGUUCAGUCAGUGGGUUAAGCAUCCAAACUUGGCUCAGGUUAUGAUCUCACGGUUCAUGCGUUCAAGUCCCGCGUUGGGCUCUGUGCUGACAGCUCAGAGCCUGGAGCCUGCUUCACAUUCUGUGUCUGUGUGUCUGUCUCUUUCUCUCUUUCUCACUCUCUCUUCCUCCCUCCACCCCCCACUCAUGCUCCCUCUCUCAAAACUAAAUAAAAACGUUAAAAAUUUUUUUUAAAAAAGUUCAGUAGUAGCUUAACACUAUGUCGCCAAGUCUAUAUCAUUCACCUCACUUCAUCUCAUCAGAUGGGCAUUUUAUCAUGUUACAUCAUCACAAGAAGGGUGAGUACAGUACAAUAAGACUUGGAGAGAAAGUGACCACGUUCACAUAACUUUUAUAAAAUUAUAUUGUAAUAAUUGUUCUAUUCUGUCAGUUACUGUUACUCUUACAGUGCCUAAUUUAUAAAUUUAUCGUAGGUAUGUACAUAUAGGAAAAAACAUAAUUUAUGUAGGGUUCAGUACUAUCUCUGGUUUUAGACAUCCACUGGGGGUCUUGGAAUGUGUUCCUAGUGGAUAAGGGGAGACUGCUCUACUGCAUGGUAAUCUGUUGUAGGUAAGAAGAGCUUACUGUGUGUAUGUAAUUCUUUUGCACUUACUAGGGUACUGAAAAUGUGUGUGUAUGCAUAUUUAUGUAUAUAUGAAUAAAUAUACACAUAAAGGUGCCACGCAUUAAUAUAAUGAUUCCUUUUUUUUCAAGUUCUCAAAAUGUUAUGUAAACUUAAGAUACUGUUUUAAGGUUCUUGUGCCAAUGUAUUCAUAUGAAUAAAUAUACUCAUAAAGAUGUUAUGCAUUAAUGUAAUUGUUCCUUUUUCACAAACUAGUAAUGUAAUGUAAACUUAAAAUACCAUUUCCAGGAUUCUUGUCCCAAUAUAACCCUACUUCAUGUAAAAUUUAUUAAACUGUUUUUGAUAGUAAUUCAACUUGUAGUAAAUAGAAGUUCACAUUUGCACUAAAGAGAUUUGCUAGGCAAAUACUGUAUGAGAUUUCAGGAACCAAGAGCCCACGUAACAGAAAGAAAACAUUUUAAAGUUUACUGAUGGUAACUAAACCCAGCAGCCUCCCUAUCUAGAACAUGGUUUAGCACUAAGAUGUAGGGAAAAAAGGCUCUCCGCCGCCAAAGAGCCUGUAACAAAAUCUGUCCUUUGAAGUUCUUUGAUUUUACACUUAUGAGAGUUCCAAGGGCAUUGGCUCAGGAUUCACAGACACUUACUUAAGAUAUUCUUGUUUUCUUGUCCAUUUGGUGUCCCUAAAACACAGCAAUCAAAAGCAGCCAAUUAGAAGGACUAGGAGUAUGAGGGACAGGUUCCCUGAUGGCAGCAAUACUGGCAGAGAUAUUUGACAGCCAGAGAGGAGAGAGGGAGGGAGAGGAGGAUGUCACAGCAUUGCUGUUGGGGGACACCUAGUGUGGGAACAUUCUGUUCCACAUACCUGGAUAGCUUCUCAGAUUAUGAAUUUUUUGAAUGACAAAACUUUCCACAUUACUUCUUGAGCACCAAUUUCCUUAUUUGUAGAAUGACUAUGAAGAAGAUUGUUUUUUAUAAUGGCGAGUGUGGCUCAUCAUAACAAAGUUGUGGUGUUUCUUUCUAUUCAGCGAACGGAAAUUAGAAUGUUUGUAAUAUAUUGAGUAAGAUUUUCAUUCAAGAUAGUUGUAGCAAGUAUUUUGAUCCUUAAAGUGGUAAGCUUCUAAAUUAUCUAGAAUAGGUAGUUACAUAGCCCUGAUGAUACUAAAUAAUUGAAGAGUCCGUUAGAAUUCUGUAAAAUUGUAUGCCACUCAUUAGAAAUGUCGUGUGGAUUGUCUCUGUGGGAAAAUCUUUUUUGUUCUAUUUGUUGGCUUGAAUCAUAUUCUACCCUGCAGUUUCUUUAUGAUCCUUCUUAAUCACUACCACUAGGGAUAUAUCCUGACCUUUCUCCUAGUUAGACUGUGAAGAGUGAAGCAGUAAGCUCUGACUUUUUAACACUGAUCAAGUUACUUAAUGACUGCAAGGUUUUUGGUUUAAUUACUUGGAAAAGUCUGUAUGCUUUAAGGUGAUAAGUGUUUUGAAACAGACAUUUACAUUUCUUCCUUUUUUCUCCUUUGAGGUUAAUUGGCUGCAUCUCUUUAUCUUCUGGAUUUCUAUUAAUAUUCUUAAAUUCUGCUUGGGUAGUAAAUAAGAUAAUUUUAAUUGAAACUUAGAUUUUAUAAAAGAUGUGACAGACUAAUGUAGAUAUUAAUAUUCCUGAAAAAGUUUUAGGCUUUUUAAUCUAAAUUUAUUUUGAAUUAUGAAAAUAUGUUUCAAUCUUCUGAUACAAUGACAUCUCCGUGCUGUUUUAUGAGGUCCUAAUAAUGUUUUUGGGAUUCAGGACUUAUAGAAUUAAACUUCAUUAUUAAAAUGAUUGGACAGCCCUUUUGAAAGCAAUAGAACAAUUAUUUUUUUAAUUUGUAUCUUUAUCAUUUAACAAAAAGGACUGUACAUUGGAGACUACAAAAUUUUCUUCUUUUUUUUAAAUUUUUUUUUAACAUUCAUUUUUGAGAGGGUGUGAACAGGGCAGGGGCAGAGAGAGAGACAGACAUAGAAUCCAAAGCAGGCUCCAGGCUCUGAGCUGUCACCACAGAGCCUGACGUGAGGCUUGAACUCACGAGCUGUGAGAUCAUGACCCGAGCCGAAGUUAGACGCUUAACCGACUGAGCCACCCAGGCGCCCCAUAAAUUUGCCUUUUUCGUGACAGUAUUUUGUUAGUUGUGUUGAUAAACAUGGAGCUAUCUGUUUCGUUUUUUUUAAUGUUUAUUUAUUUUUGAGAGAAACCAAGUGUAAGCGGGGAAGGGGCAGAGAGAGAGAGAGGGAGACACAGAAUCUGAAGCAGGCUGCAGGGUCUAAGCUGUCAGCACAGAGCCCAAUGUAGGGCUCAAACCCACUAACUGAGAGAUCAUGACCUGAGCCGAAGUCAGUCACUUAACUGACUGAGCCACCCAGGCGUCCCUGAGCUAUCUUUUUAAUGACUGAAUAAUAUUCUGUUAUAUGAAUGUCUCAUUAGCCAGUUUUCUAUUUUUUUCUUAGUUUCCUGUUUUUAGACAUUUAUAUUGUUUGUGUUUGGAUUGUUAUGUUAACCUUUAGUGACUGCCAUCGUAUAUGCAUUUUUAUGUAUUAGAGAAUUUAUUUCUAUAAAAGAAAUAUUCAGAAGUGUAAUUGCUGAGUCAAAGGACAUGGAUAUUUAAAAUUUGAUUGUAUAGCUGAAUUGCAUCAUCAAACAUUGUACCAGUUUAUAUUUAUUUCUGUUUAUUUCACAGUAUGUGAGAUUGCCUGUGGCCCCACAUUUUGGCUAUCAUUGGACAUCAUCCAUCUUUCAUUUUUUGCCAGUCUAGAUGAAAGAUGGUUUCUUAUUUUAAUUUGCAUUUUUUAGCUUUUUAACAUCAUUGUACAACUUGCCAUAUUUAUUAUGGACAAGCUGUCAUAAUAAUUUAUUGGACAAGUUGUCAUAUUUAUUAACAGUUUCAUAUUUCUUUGGUAUAUUUUCUUUCAUACAUGGGUAAGAACUGUUUAUUUUUUCCCGUUGGUUUGUGAUCACCCUUUGUAUGUUAGAAUAGCUCUGACAUGUAUUGCAAUUGUUUUCCUCCACUUUUGUGUUAUGUUAUGAAUUUCAGUUAAGAGUGUUUUUCCACAAAGAAAGUUUGUCUUUUCAGAUUUCAGUUUUUUCUUUUCAUUAUUUUUGCAUUUAGGUCUUAUAGCAUGGCCUUCUAGAGAUGCAGUGCUGUGUAGUACUGAAGAGUGCAGAUGCAUGAAUUAUAGUCAGAGUGUCACCACUGCCAGCUUGGUGCUCAAGUUCUAGAAGAAUAUGACUUUCAGUCGCGAGAUGGAGAAUAAAGAAACUCUCAAGGGGUUGCAUAAGAUGGACGAUCGCCCAGAAGAACGAAUGAUCAGGGAGAAACUGAAGGCAACCUGUAUGCCAGCCUGGAAACACGAGUGGUUGGAGAGAAGAAAUAGGAGGGGCCCUGUGGUGGUAAAACCAAUCCCUAUUAAAGGAGACGGUUCUGAAACUCACAGCUUGGCAGCUGAGUCUCCAGGAGAAAGCCAGGCAAGCACCGCUUCACCAGCUCCCAAGGGCCGCCGCAGUCCUUCUCCCAGCAGCUCCCCAGCGGGCCGCACAGUGAAAUCUGAAUCUCCAGGAGUAAGGAGAAAGAGAGUCUCCCCCGUACCUUUUCAGAGUGGGAGAAUCACACCACCUAGAAGAGCCCCUUCCCCGGAUGGCUUCUCACCAUACAGCCCUGAGGAGACAAACCGCCGUGUAAACAAAGUCAUGCGGGCCAGGCUGUACUUACUGCAACAAAUAGGACCCAACUCUUUCCUGAUUGGAGGAGACAGCCCAGACAAUAAAUACCGGGUGUUUAUUGGGCCUCAGAACUGCAGCUGUGGACGUGGAACAUUUUGUAUCCAUCUGUUAUUUGUUAUGCUCCGGGUGUUUCAACUAGAACCUUCAGACCCAAUGUUAUGGAGAAAAACUUUAAAGAAUUUUGAGGUUGAAAGUUUGUUCCAGAAAUAUCACAGUAGGCGUAGCUCAAGGAUCAAAGCUCCAUCUCGUAACACCAUCCAGAAGUUUGUUUCACGCAUGUCAAAUUCUCAUACAUUGUCAUCAUCUAGUACUUCUACAUCUAGUUCAGAAAACAGUAUCAAAGAUGAGGAGGAACAGAUGUGUCCUAUUUGCUUGUUGGGCAUGCUUGAUGAAGAAAGCCUUACUGUGUGUGAAGACGGCUGCAGGAACAAGCUGCAUCACCACUGCAUGUCAAUCUGGGCAGAAGAAUGUAGAAGAAAUAGAGAACCUUUAAUAUGUCCCCUUUGUAGGUCUAAAUGGAGAUCUCACGAUUUCUACAGCCAUGAGUUGUCAAGCCCUGUGGAUUCCCCUUCUUCCCUGCGAGCUGCACAGCAGCAAACCAUACAGCAGCAGCCUUUGGCUGGAUCACAACGAAGGAGUCAGGAGAGCAAUUUUAACCUUACUCAUUAUGGAACUCAGCAGAUUCCUCCUGCUUACAAAGAUUUAGCUGAGCCAUGGAUUCAGGUAUUUGGAAUGGAACUCGUUGGCUGCUUAUUUUCUAGAAACUGGAAUGUAAGAGAGAUGGCUCUCAGGCGUCUUUCCCAUGAUGUUAGUGGGGCUCUGCUAUUGGCAAAUGGGGAGAGCACUGGAAAUUCGGGGAGCAAUGGUAGAAGCAGCCCGAGUGCUGGAGCCACCAGUGGGUCUUCCCAGACCAGCAUCUCAGGAGACGUGGUAGAGGCAUGCUGCAACGUUUUAUCAAUGGUCUGUGCUGACCCUGUCUACAAAGUGUACGUUGCUGCUUUAAAAACAUUGAGAGCCAUGCUGGUAUAUACUCCUUGCCAUAGUUUGGCAGAAAGAAUCAAACUCCAGAGACUUCUCCGGCCAGUUGUAGACACCAUCCUAGUCAAGUGUGCAGAUGCCAAUAGUCGCACAAGUCAGCUGUCUAUAUCAACCCUGUUGGAAUUGUGCAAAGGCCAAGCAGGAGAGUUGGCAGUUGGCAGAGAAAUACUUAAAGCUGGAUCCAUUGGUAUUGGUGGUGUUGAUUAUGUCUUAAGUUGUAUUCUUGGAAACCAAACUGAAUCAAACAACUGGCAAGAACUUCUGGGCCGCCUUUGUCUUAUGGACAGACUGCUGUUGGAAUUUCCUGCUGAAUUUUACCCUCAUAUCGCCAGUACUGAUGUUUCACAAGCUGAGCCUGUUGAAGUCAGGUAUAAAAAGCUGCUGUCCCUUUUAACUUUUGCUUUGCAGUCCAUUGAUAAUUCCCACUCAAUGGUUGGCAAACUCUCCCGAAGGAUCUAUUUGAGUUCUGCAAGAAUGGUUACUGCAGUACCCCAUGUAUUUUCAAAACUGUUAGAAAUGCUGAAUGUUUCCAGUUCCACUCAUUUUACCAGGAUGCGUCGUCGUCUGAUGGCUAUUGCAGAUGAGGUGGAAAUCGCUGAGGCCAUCCAGCUGGGCGUAGAAGACAAUUUGGAUGGUCAACAUGACAGCUUUUUGCAGGCAUCUGUCUCUAACAGCUUUCCUGAAACCACAGAGAACAGCUCCCUUGAGCACACAGACCAUUUAGAGAAAACUGGAAAAGUACUGUGUGCCACAAAACUGAGUGCCAAUUCAGAAGACAUUACUGACAGACUGGGUAGCAUUUCAGUAGGACUUCCUAGUUCAACAACAAUGGAGCAACCAAAGCCAGUGGUUCAAACUAAAGGCAGACCCCACAGUCAGUGUUUGAACUCCUCUCCUUUAUCUCAUCAUUCCCAAUUAGUGUUUCCAUCCUUGUCAACUCCUUCUUCAUCUGCCCCAUCUGCACCAGUUGGUACCGGAACAGAUAUCGCUAAGCAUAGACCUCAGGGAUUCAUUCCCUGCAAAAUACCUUCUGCAUCUCCUCAAACACAGCGUAAGUUUUCUCUACAGUUCCAGAGAAACUGUUCCGAAAACAGAGACUCAGAUAAACUUUCCCCCAUCUUUACUCAGUCAAGACCCCUGCCUUCUAGUACUAUACACAGGCCAAAGCCGUCUCGACCUACCCCAGGUAAUACAAGUAAACAAGGAGAUGUCUCAAAGAAUAGCAUGACACUUGAUCUGAAAAGUAGUACUUCCAGAUGUGAUGACAGCUUUGGUGGCAGCAGCAAUAGCAGUAGUGCUGUUAUACCCAGUGAUGAGACAGUAUUCACCCCAGUAGAAGAGAAAUGCAGAUUAGACGUCAAUACAGAACUCAAUUCCAGCAUUGAGGACCUUCUUGAAGCAUCUAUGCCUUCAAGUGACACAACAGUAACUUUUAAGUCAGAAGUUGCUGUCCUGUCUCCUGAAAAGGAUGAAAAUGAUGAUUCCUACAAAGAUGAUGUGAAUCAUAAUCAGAAGUGCAAAGAAAAGAUGGAAGCUGAAGAAGAAGAAGCUUUAGCAAUUGCCAUGGCAAUGUCAGCGUCUCAGGAUGCCCUCCCCAUAGUUCCUCAACUACAGGUUGAAAAUGGAGAGGAUAUCAUCAUUAUUCAACAGGAUACACCCGAAACUCUACCAGGACAUACCAAAGCAAAGCAACCUUACAGAGAAGACACUGAAUGGCUAAAAGGUCAGCAGAUAGGCCUUGGAGCAUUUUCUUCUUGUUAUCAGGCUCAAGAUGUGGGAACUGGAACUUUAAUGGCUGUUAAACAGGUGACGUAUGUCAGAAAUACAUCUUCUGAGCAAGAAGAAGUAGUGGAAGCAUUAAGAGAAGAGAUCAGAAUGAUGAGCCAUUUGAAUCAUCCCAACAUCAUUAGGAUGUUGGGAGCCACAUGUGAGAAGAGCAAUUAUAAUCUCUUCAUCGAAUGGAUGGCAGGGGGAUCUGUGGCUCAUUUGCUCAGUAAAUAUGGAGCCUUCAAAGAAUCAGUAGUUAUUAACUAUACUGAACAAUUACUUCGUGGCCUUUCAUAUCUCCAUGAAAACCAGAUCAUUCACAGAGAUGUCAAAGGUGCCAAUUUGCUAAUUGACAGCACAGGUCAGAGACUGAGAAUUGCAGAUUUUGGAGCUGCAGCCAGGUUGGCAUCAAAAGGAACUGGUGCAGGAGAGUUUCAGGGACAGUUAUUGGGGACAAUUGCAUUUAUGGCACCUGAGGUACUAAGAGGUCAGCAAUAUGGUAGGAGCUGUGAUGUAUGGAGUGUUGGCUGUGCUAUUAUAGAAAUGGCUUGUGCAAAACCACCCUGGAAUGCAGAAAAACACUCCAAUCAUCUUGCUUUGAUAUUUAAGAUUGCAAGUGCAACUACUGCUCCAUCGAUCCCUUCACAUUUGUCUCCUGGUUUACGGGAUGUGGCUCUUCGGUGUUUGGAACUUCAACCUCAGGAUAGACCUCCGUCAAGAGAGCUACUGAAGCAUCCAGUCUUCCGUACUACAUGGUAGCCAUUUACACAAACUAUAACGGGGACAGGAUGCUCAUCAAGAGAAAAAAAACUUUUGUGGGGAACCACGUUGAUAAUCUGCUGGCCUUCAUGCCAACGAACAGCUAUGAACAAGACCAGUGGGAACCCUUACCUAAGUAUGUGAUUGACAAAUCAUGAUCUGUACCUAAGCUUAGUAUGCAAAAGUCCACAGUUUGUGCAGACACUAUAAACUGUGCCUUUCAAAGAACUGGCCAUAGGUAAACAGAAAAGCAAUGAAGUUUGCAUGACUAAUGAACAGCAGCAUAUUUUGGGGGUUUUUUGGAGCACUUUUUCAGCAAUAUUAGCAGCUGAGGGGCUCAGGAUCUAUUUUAAUGUUUCAGUUAUUCUUCCAUUUCAUAUCAUGAUCACAGGCAGGGGGUUCUGCAAUUCCGUUCAGUUUUUUGUCACUGGCUAUAAAUCAGUAUCUGCCUCUUUUAGAUCGGAAUAUGCUAUGAGUAGCAGUAAAUAAAUAUAUUUUUAAAAGUUGAUGACUUCUUUAUGAACCACAGUUGACCUUUAUUUUUUAAAUGCCUGGGCAGUUGUGGUUCACUGUGCAUUUUACUGUUGGCCCAUUCAUUUCGUUUUUGGAAAUUAUGGUUCUAUAUUUUCAUUUCACCUUCACUUUUGUUUAAUAUUCAGGGAAAGGUGAUCUUUUCAAACCAGAAAAAAAAAAUAGAACUAGAUGUGAACUAGAGUUUAUUAAAUAUCUUGCUAUUGCAAGUGUUUUUUUUAAUACAGAUUAAUUUUGUUUUUUUAAAUUGGAAUAUAAUAAAAUACUACCUUCAUUGAGUCAGUCACUGCUCUUUUCAUGCAGGUUAAAUAUAAAUUCAGUGAAAAUCAACUAUUCUCUGUGAUGCAGCUCACAACCAAGAUCAAGAUUACCUUGAAAUUUAUUUGAGUUCUUUUAAUGUAUUGGUUUCUUUUGUAGGAAACUUCACACCAUUGAAGUCUUACUUUGUAUGUAACAAUCCAUCAUUCGUCAUCACCGCUAAUAAUAACAUGAAACUGCUAUUUUCCUUCUACCAUGCAUCAUCUCUUUCCACUAGGCCUGGCUGACCAUUAAAGAAAAAUUAACUAAUGACCCAACUAUUAAUAAUAGCGUUUGCACAAAAUAAAUCUGCUUGGGACUUUGAAAAUGUGUUCAGAAAGAAAAGUCAAAUGGAUUCCACUUACUAAUCCUUGAAUUUUGCACAAUUAUCUAAUGGUUUUCAUCUGAGUGGAAUUCAGAUACAUGGAAUCUAGAAGGAAAAUGGCAGCUCUUUUAUCCUUUUUUUGUGAGUCUUUUAAAAUCAAGUACUGAUUAAAUAUUUAAUACAGCUUUUUGAGAUGUUAAAUUUUAACUCUUCAGACGCCAGUUGAAUUGUUGCAGAAUGAAACAGAAUUGGUUAUUCUCAAAGACUCAGGAUAAACUAAAUAAGCUAUAUAGAGUACAUUUUAAAUGUACAACACAAAUUGGAAGUAAAAUAAGUUACAAGUUAAGUUUACAGGGAUAUAUUGCAUAUAAUUUUUAAAAGACAGUUUUGGUUUUUGGGGUUUUUGUUUUUUUGUUUUUUGGGGUUUUUUUCUAUGUGAAUGUGUCUCUUAGUGAAAUUUUACAUUCCUUUGUUUUGGAAGAUUGGCAAUAUUUGAAGAGUUAAAAAUAGUACCGAAAUGUGAAGUUUGGUAGCUCUACAUGUGUUGUACUUGACUUUCUUUUUUAUUUUCUAUCUUUUGUGUGUGACUACUUAGAAUUUUCACAACUCUAAUAAGAUUGUUUCCAAGUUUCUCAUGUGCAAGCUUUAACAGAUGCACUCUUGCCAUUUGAUGUACUGGAAGAUCACUGGUCAGAUCAAUACUGUGUCUGACAGAAAUGUAAACUGUAUAAACUGAGGAACCUCAGCUAAUCAGUAUUACUUUGUAGAUCACAUGCCCACCACAUUUCAAACUCAAACUGCCUCUAGAUGUCCAAAUCCAUUGUUUGAGUUUGUUUGCAGUUCCCUCAGCUUGCUGGUAAUUGUGGUGUUUUGUUUUUUGUUUUGUUUUCAAUGCAAAUGUGAUAUAAUAUUCUUAUUUUCUUUGGAUCAAAGCUGGACUGAAAAUUGUGUAAUUAUUUUUGUGUUCUUAAUGUUAUUUGGUACUCAAGUUGUAAAUAAUGUCUACUGCUGUUUAUUCCAGGUUCUACUACCUCAGGUGUCCUAUAGAUUUUUCUUCUACCAAAGUUCACUUUCACAAUGAAAUUAUAUUUGCUGUGUGACUAUGAUUCCUAAGACUUCCAGGGCUUAAGGGCUAACUUCUAUUAGCACCUUACUAUGUAAGCAAAUGUUACAAAAAAAAAAAAAAAAAAAAAAAAUCUCUGGGUUAAGAAAAUUUGGCUUAAAUGUAUCCUUUGUUAUUUUAAAUAUAUCGAGAUAUUUUAAUUAAAAUUUUUACCCCAUUGAACCAAUUUUAUAGUAUUUGUACCUAUUUUGGUGUUUUGUCUUUAUAGUAAAUAAAAGUUUUUGAACAAA